AUGGCCUCGCCAGACGAGAUUGCCCGUUUCAAACAUGAAGCGCUCCCCGAUGCCAGCACUUACAUCAGGCUGCUCGAGGUGACUAGCGCCGACCCAGCAGGGCCGGCAAGGGACAUCUCGGUCCGCUGCAGGCUGACGACUUGGCCCAAGGCAUCCGCCCCUGCGUAUACCGCCAUCUCGUACACGUGGGGAGACCCAUCCCUGGUGACGACCAUCCUCGUCAACGGGGGAAGGAUGACGGUGCGCCGCAACUGCGAGGACGUCCUCAGGCAGCAGUGCUGGCCCAAGGGCGGCCAGUUCUGGAUCGACGCCAUAUGCAUCAACCAAGAUGACAACGACGAGAAGAACUCCCAGGUGGCCGGCAUGGGCGAGGUCUACCGGGAUGCCCGCCAGACUCUUGCGUUUGUUGGCAGCCACGCCGACGACAGCGAGCUUAUUUUCGAGACGCUGCAUGAACAUCGGCGGGGGUACAUGGAGCACCACGGAUGCCUCUCUGAUGAUACCAGCGGUCUUACGGAUUACCUCUCGCGGAUGUUGAGCGACGACUCCACCCUCGAGAGGUUGGAUAAGCCGCUUAGAGCAUUCUUCAGAAGAUCGUAUUUCCAGCGAGUUUGGAUCUACCAGGAAUUGUUCUUUGGAAAGAACACACACUUUUGCUGCGGCCAUGAAACUGUCGAACUGUCACUCAUGUGGGCCCUCUAUAUGACUAUCGGGAGUUGGAUGGUAUCUCCUUGGAUGACAGUGCUAUCUCCCUGGAAUAGAGGUCCUGUGCCUCAGUCUAUGCUGGACCGGCAGUCUCAGUACUACUUUGACAACUACAAACAGCUGCUCAGAGCGGCAGCCACGGCAAAGAAACCACUCGAACUUUCAAUUGUGGUGGAAGCCGUCCAGAGGCUGCAAUGUGAAGACCCAAGGGAUCGGGUGUUCGGAACCUUAGCCAUGGUCGAUUGGGAUGGGGAGGCGCCAAUCCGGCCAGACUACCAAAUGGACCCGUUCGAUCUGACUGUCGAGGUCCUGCAGAGAAUCAAAUGGAUCUACCGUUACAAUCUGACGUGGGCACUUGAAGACACGAUCAAGAUCGCGUACCUCGUGGGCCGACCACACAUAUCAUCGAGACGGCUAGGUGAUGAGAUACUCGCUCGGCGGUCGAGAUGGCACAAGCCUUCGAAUUUAUUUACGAGAGACACUAGCCGGAAGAUUGUUUCACAGGCAACCAAGUUCUGGGGAUAUCGCAUAUACUCCCACAAUGCGGGCUGGCGUACGUUAGCAGACCCUUCCAAAGAUGUUGUUGAUGAAUUGUCAGCAUUCCGGCAUGAGGAAUCAACAGACCCAACUAGUUAUCAUCACUACAUCACCAUUCAGAAGUGGUCGGAAGGGAUGGCCUGGGAUGUGCAUGCGACCGCCGUCCUGUUGCCCGCAGAGGCCGAAGACCGGGACUGGUUGCUGAUACCCGACUUGGCCAACAGGCCGUAUGCCCAAGCGUCUGUGGCGCUCAUCGCUAGGGACGGCUGGGACGGGCAGCCUCAGAUCGUGGGGAAGGCCCUCUUCGCCGUGUCCGAAAACUGGCCGUGGACAGCACUCCAGCUCGAGGGCUCAAAGUUUGGGGUAUACCUCGAUCAUGAGGAUACAAUUGUCCUCGCUGACAGCUGCAACUGGGACGUUUUGGGUUACCCAUUUUCAACCAACGCGGAUGAGGGGCAUGAGUUCCAAGUGGAUAAUUACUUUCAGACUAGACUUUAUCGCGAGAGAAGUAGAACUUGUGCUGUGAGGAUGGAUCAGUAG